AUGUCGCGGAUGUCGGGCAACGAUGCUGUCCAUGCUGACGAGAUGCCGGAAGCACCGCAGACCUCCUUGCCAGCGCAUCCCGGGCACUUGUGGGCUGAGACUUCCAAGGCUUCAGAGCAGAUCACGCAGCAGCUAGCGGAGAUCCAAGAGAAGUUGGACGCGAGAUUCGAGGAGAUCCUAAAUCGCCUGGACUCGCAAGCUGAGUUUCUGAGAGAGACUUGGCGGAUCCGGCCCCGCCCGGUUCGGAAGUCGACGAACCUCUCGAACCUGCUGAUCACCUAUGAGACGCCCAAUGCAGAGGAGCUUUGGCCUCCUUUAUGGUUUCAGCAUGGUGGAUUUAACGAGUGA